GUCGAUUAAGCUCUAACCAGUGUACAAUGUCAAUAGCAUCCACACAUUCCGAGGCUUUCGACUCGAAGCUCUGGCUCGAAACACCUCUUAUACCGUCUGUUCACAUAUCUAACAACCUUGGCCCAGAUUGCUCUGUGUAUCUUAAGCUUGAGAAUCUGCAGCCAUCUCAGUCGUACAAGUAUCGAGGUCUCUCGCUCUUUGUCAAGCGUCAAUUCGCUCGCCACGGUCCUUCUCUUCAUGUCAUCUGUGCCUCGGGGGGAAAUGCGGGGCUUGCGGCUGCCUGUGCAACACAGAUGCUGCAUCUGAAGUGCACGAUAUACCUCCCAAAGGGCGUGGCAGAAAGCACAAGGCUUUUCUUGAAGCGGCUAGGAGCUGAACUAGUCAUCGCUGGGGAGUACUACUUGCAAGCAGUACAAGCGGCUGAGAAAGCAGUCAAGGACGAUGCGGAUGCAGUGUUGGUGCCAGCAUAUGACCAUCCCCUGUUGUGGGAGGGGCAUGCCUCGAUGAUUGACGAAAUCAAAUCUCAGCUUCCUAGCUCGACCAAGCCAGAUGCAAUCUUCUGCAGCGUUGGUGGGGGAGGACUUCUGGGAGGUAUCAUAGUUGGGUGUCGUAAUGCUGAUUGGGAUGACGUACCCAUCAUCACGCUGGAGACACAUGGCUCAAGCUGCUUUUACCAAUCUGUCAUGGCAAAUCGAUUUUCGUCACAUACCCUUCCGAACGGAACCUCUGUCCGUUAUGACGAGAAGAACGACGUCAAACUCGUACACAUUCACAACUUGACAUCGAAAGCGUCUUCCUUAGGUGCAUCUGAGCCGUCAGGCGGCGUCGUGAAAAUGGCCUUGGAGAGAAAAGGAAGGGUUAAAUGCGUUACCAUCCCUGACGAGCUAAGCAUGAAGACCGGGCGGCUAUUUGCAGAGGACCACAAAAUGCUGGUCGAACUUGCCUGUGCUACCACACUCGCACCCGCGUAUAACCCAUUACUCCUUGACUCUCUGGUUCCUCUGGUACAUUCUGAGGCCAAGAAGAUAAGAAAUAUGGUAUUCAUCGUAUGCGGCGGCUUCAAGAUCUCUCACGACGAGAUGAAAGAAUACGAGGACAUCGUCGCAGCCGACGUUGCAGUAGGGGGAUAUUGGAACGUGACGGUGGACAGUGAAAAUUUGAGGCUGCACAAAUGAGAUGGGAUAUACGGAUGAUUUUACCGAUAAAUACGAUGCAGGGGUGAAUGCAGUUG